CGCGCCCUGAUGUAAAUGGCGCGGAGCUGCACGUGGUCCGUGUUCAGGGUAAAAGACGAGCAGCGAGCUGAGCUCAGCGCGACAGACUUCCGGAGCGACACCAUGUCUCUGUACCGCAACUCCGCCUGGUUCCUGAAGGGAAUGACCGAGUUCACCAGGAGCGCCUUCUUGACCGCCUCCAAGCUCUUUGUGGAGAAGGACCUGGAGGUGGCCAUGGCUGGACGCUCCUUCAUGAUAACAGGAGCCAACAGCGGCAUUGGGAGAGCCACCGCCAUGGCCAUCGCUAAGAGAGGCGGAACGAUCCACAUGGUGUGUCGGAACAAGGACAAGGCCGAGGAGGCAAGGGCUGACAUCGUAAAGGAGACGGGAAAUAAAGAGGUCUACGUGCACAUCCUGGACAUGUCUGAGACAAAGAAGGUGGGGGAGUUUGCUGAGGGCUUUAAGAGAAAGUACAAGGCCCUUAAUGUGCUGAUCAAUAAUGCAGGCUCCAUCAUGAGUCAGAGGGACGUGAAUGCUGAGGGCCUUGAGAAGAGCUUCGCCACCAACGUCCUUGGGAUUUACAUCCUCACCAAGAGUCUCAUUCCUUUGCUGGAGAAGAGCGCAGAUCCCAGAGUGAUCACAGUGUCUUCAGGGGGAAUGCUGGUGCAGAAGCUCAGGACGGGAAACCUCCAGUCGGACAGAGGCCGCUACGACGGCACCAUGGUCUACGCCCAGCACAAAAGGCAGCAGGUGGUGAUGACAGAGCAGCUGGCAAAGACUCACACGAACAUCCACUUCUCCGUCAUGCACCCCGGCUGGGUGGACACUCCGGCUGUGGCCAAUGCGAUGCCGGACUUCCAUCGCUCCAUGAAGGACAGUCUGCGAACCCCGGAGCAGGGGGCGGACACCGCGGUGUGGCUGGCUGUGUCUGAGGCCGCAAUCACAAACCCGAGUGGACGCUUCUAUCAGGACCGGAAGAUGGUGUCCACCCACCUGCCGCUGGCCUGGACCCACAGCUCCCCCCUGGAGGAGCAGGAGUUGAUGUCUCUGAUUGAGGACUUGGCCAAGACAUUCCAGCCUCACUGAGACAGGAGGACACGCGACACCAGUACACAACCAGUACUAACAGCCUCAGUUAACAGGGGCCCCGGCCGGGCUCCACAAUGGAUCUGUUGUCCCAGAAGCAUGUGGAGUGAUUGAAUCAGUUUUGGUCACUGGCUCAUAGCGGGACAAAUGGAAACCUGUCGGACUAAACUCACCUGUAACUGAGGGAUUAGUAAGAUUCGUAAUGCUGCUUAACUAGUGAUAUGAGAAAUGAGAUUUCUUAUUUGUGAGCUUAACAUCUGUCUUAAAACUUAACUAUGAUAGUGAUGCUGCUUUCAAUAAGGUUUUAUCUCGCUGAUGGAGAGAACAUCGUCUUAAACUACACACACGAACAAACAACCAUCCAGCCUGUUGCUGUGACUUUGUGAAAGUCGUCAAUCAGAUGGGAAUCUGAUGUGACCCAGGUCACACACACACACACACACACACACCAGUCUCGGGCGCAGUCUGACGUUAUUGUCUGCAUAACUAACAUUAGUGCCACGUUGCCGAUCUGUAUUAAGUAACUCCUUUAUUUGCUAUACUGUCGUGCAGCUACUGUUCGCUGCAGGUGGAGCUCAGGCUGGAGAUGAAGUGUUCUCUCUGUGAGCAGCAUUAAAUAAACCACAGCAGUGUCGCCUGUCACGUGCAAUAAAACCUGUGUAUUUAUUUAAAAAGGGGCCUUUUAACUGACUGUGUCUUUGGUGUGAGGUUGAUUCUUGUGAAACGCUUGAAUAAAGAACAUGACUAAUGUUUCUGUGUCAAUGUGCAGCUUUAAAAUAAAAACAGUCAAAUGGA